AGACCAACUCCAAUCGGUUCAACCGUCGUUCCAACAACUUAAUGAACCAACAAUCGAACUACCUGUCAGGCUCUUCGAUCGACUCGGGUUCCAACAACCAUGGAAACAACAACUACAACGACGUGAUGAAUGUCCAUAGAAAGUUGCACAACAACCCCAACAGAAGAAAGGGUGAUGAUGCCACUAAGUACAUCAACGCCAAGUUGGAAGAUUUCACUGGAGAAAUCUUCUCCUUGUGCAAGGAUCAGCAUGGAUGUCGAUUUUUGCAAAGACAAUUGGAUUUGGGCAAGGACAUCGAAAACAAGCAAAACGCCAACAAUAUCCUUUCGUCUGAUAUUGCUGCCACCAUGAUUUUCAACGAAAUCUACUUGAAGAUUAUUGAGUUGAUGAUUGAUCCCUUUGGAAACUACUUGAUCCAGAAGUUGUUUGAAAACGUUUCGGUCGACCAGAGAAUCAUCUUGGUGAAGAAUGCGGCUCCUGACUUCAUUCGGAUCGCCUUGGACCCUCAUGGCACCAGGGCUUUACAGAAGUUAGUGGAGUGCAUUUCAACUGAAGCCGAGUGUAAGUUGAUCAUCGACAAUUUGUCUCCUCACAUUGUUUCGUUAUCGAGAGACUUGAACGGUAAUCACGUUGUACAGAAGUGUUUACAGAAGUUAUCGUCCAAGCAAAACCAGUUCAUUUUUGACACUGCUUCUCUGCACUGUAACGAUAUUGCUACUCAUAGACAUGGAUGUUGUGUGUUGCAACGGUGUUUGGACUAUGGAAAUGCUGCUCAAAGAAAACAAUUGUCCAGCAAGAUCGCCGAAAAUGCCACCAAUUUAUCGUUGGAUCCUUUUGGAAACUACGUGGUGCAAUAUGUCUUGUCCAGAGGUGAUGAACAGUCAGUUGCAAUCAUUUUGAACCACAUCAAGUCUCAUCUCAUUGUCUUAUCAUUGCACAAGUUUGGGUCCAAUGUCAUUGAAAAGUCGUUGAGAAUCUCCAAGUUGACCAACGGGUUGGUGCAAGCAUUGUUGAUGAAUGCUGACCAUUUCCAGGACUUGUUGAAUGAUCCAUUUGGAAAUUAUGUCUUGCAAACCAGCUUGGAUGUGGCCACCAAAGCUGACUUGGUGAAAUUGUCGCUGGCAUUACAGCCUUUACUUCCAAAUGUAAAAAAUACCCCCCAUGGAAGAAGAAUCAUGUCCAAGGUUCAAAGCAUUGUGCUCUAGCGGGCAUGAGUAUUUAUAGUAGUUUCAUUGUAUUUUAGAGUGUAAAUAAUGCAAACAAAA